CACUUGACUUUUGCAAGAAGAACCUGAGACCAGUUUGCAGUGUAUUUCCAAUAACGUUUGUACAAGAUAUAACUGCGAGAGUGUUCAAAGUAAACUUGUCAUUCGUAGAAUAUGGAACCGAAUGAGAAUAGCGAGAUUGACCAGGCAACUAUCCCUCCUUGUUGCUUGAAAGCCAAGGCGUACUCCCCUGAUGCAGAGCUUGAAGGCAACUGUCAUGCAACGGUUGUUUCGGGAUGGUUCACUGCGCAUCAAAGUUCACCUGAUAAAGUUGGGAAAAAAAUGUACUUCAACAACCCCAUGUGGCCAGGGGAAGCACAUUCACUGGAAGUAGAAAAGAUUUUGUUUAAAGAUAGAUCAAAGUAUCAAGAAGUCAUAGUUUUUGAGUCUGCAACAUACGGUAAAGUAUUAGUACUUGAUGGCAUUCUUCAGCUGACUGAGAGAGAUGAAUUUGCUUAUCAGGAGAUGAUAGUGCAUCUUCCCCUAUGUUCCAUUGAAUCACCAAAAAAUGUCCUGGUUGUGGGUGGUGGUGAUGGUGGAGUUCUCAGGGAAGUUGCUCGCCAUCCCUCAGUAGAGGUGAUUGAUAUAUGCGAGAUAGAUCAGAUGGUUAUAGAUGUUGCUAAUAAGUUCUUUCCGGAUUUAGCUAUUGGCUUUGAGGAUCCUCGUGUUAAUCUCCAUGUUGAAGAUGCUCUUGAAUUCAUACGGCGUGUGCCAAAAGGAAAGUAUGAUGCUGUAAUUGUGGAUUCGUCCGAUCCAGUAGGUCCUGCUCAAGAGCUUGUUGAAAAGCCGUUCUUUGAAAUGAUUGCAAGUGCAUUGCGGCCUGGUGGUGUUCUUUGUAACAUGGCUGAGAGUAUGUGGCUCCACACUCAUCUUAUUAACGAUAUGCUCUCUGCUUGUCGCGAUGUAUUUAAGGGUUCUGUUCACUAUGCUUGGGCAAGCGUCCCCACGUAUCCUAGUGGUGUGAUUGGAUUCAUAUUGUGCUCGACGGAGGGUCCACCUGUAGAUUUUAAAAAUCCUGUAAACCCUAUUGAGAAGCUCGAAGAAGCAAUCGAGCAUCAAAUGGAACCAAGAUUUUACAACUCUCAGAUUCAUAGAGCUGCCUUUGCUUUGCCAUCAUUUGUCAAGAAACAAGUGAGUUGUCUUUGAAGUAGUGAAUAAGCCUGUUAGUAUCGGACGCCUUAGCCUAUGUUCAAAUUUAUACAUGUGAGUUGGAGAUAAUUCUUGUGAAUGUAGAUUGUUGACAUGAUCAUUUCAUAAUUAAGUUAUGUUAGUAUCUAUCUUUAUAUGCAACUCUGUUUUGGAAUUGUAACACAGCUAAUAAUGUAUAAUGCUAUAAUGAGAAUUCAUAGUUUGCUUUCUUUCUUAUGCAUA